AUGUCCUUGAGCGCCAUUGCUGCUUCGCCUCCCCACAUUGAAUGCUUUUUCCCUCCCUCGAGCUUGAUUGGUGCUAUCACACGCAUAAUGACGUACCACGCCGGAGUCGCUCGCGCCGCCAAUGACGGCGCGCCAGCUGUCACGAGCGUGUCGGUGGGCGAGGCGCGCGAGCUGGUGGCGGCGGGUCACACGUACCUGGACGUGCGAACGCCAGAGGAGUUCCGGGCAUCACACGUGGAGGGAUCAGUGAACAUCCCCUUCAUGCUCAAGUCGCCCUCGGGCAUGGUGAAGAACGAUGCCUUUAUCGCUGACGUCAAGGCACAGUUCGAUGAGGACACACCACUCGUCGUGGCCUGUCAGGGAGGAGUGCGAUCCAUCCGGGCUGCUGCAGAGCUGCAGAAUGCGGGCUUCUCGGGCAUCACAGACAUGCUCGGGGGCUUUGCAGCCUGGCAGCAGAAGGGCUUCCCCUCUGUCUUCUGA